AGCCAGCCAUGCCCGUCCCAGCAACAGCCGAUAAGCGGGGGACGAGGCUGCUGAGAACCAGAAAACCAGGAGGACGAGGAGCGUCCACCAGGAGGCCCACGGCCCCAUGAGCUGGGGCCUCCGUAUGCCGUCAACGGAAGCUCAGUGGGUCCCGCCAGUAUGCCCUCCGAAUGGGGGUGAACAAGACUUCUCCCAGCAGCAAAGGCUCAGACCAUGAAUUACGUGGGGCAGCUGGCGGGCCAGGUGUUUGUCACCGUGAAGGAGCUGUACAAGGGCCUGAACCCCGCCACCCUGUCCGGAUGCAUCGACAUCAUCGUCGUCCGCCAGCCCAACGGGAGCCUGCAGUGCUCCCCGUUCCACGUCCGCUUCGGCAAGAUGGGGGUGCUGCGCUCCCGAGAGAAAGUGGUUGACAUAGAAAUCAACGGGGAAUCCGUGGACUUACACAUGAAACUGGGAGAUAACGGAGAAGCCUUUUUUGUUCAAGAGACGGAUAACGAUCAGGAAGUGAUCCCCACGCACCUGGCCACCUCCCCCAUCCUGUCGGACGGAGCCGCCCGCAUGGAGUGCCAGCUGAAGAGGAACCCCCCGGACCGGGCGCGGAGCCUGGACCCCGGCGCGGCGGCCCCGGGCCUGCCUCCCGGCGAGACCCCCUCGAGCGGCUCCCUGGUGAAGAAGAGGAGGAAGAGGAGGAGGAAGUCCCAGCUGGACAGCCUGAAGAGGGACGACACCUCCAACACGUCGGAGGACGAAGACAUGUUCCCCAUAGAGAUGAGCUCCGACGAGGAGCGGGACCCGAUGGACGGCAGCAGAACUCUUAAUAACGACAUACCUCCAUUCCAAGAAGAUGUUCCCAAGGAGAACCUGCCCCCAGUCACGCCUUAUUCUCAGUCGUCAUCGUACCCUAGUUCUGAUAGAGAGUGGUCACCCAACGCCAGCGGCCUGCUAGAUUGCAAAAGGACGCCCCCUCACGUGGCGGUGGCGGCCGAGGGCCUGCUCUCGAGCUCUUGCCCUCCGCAGUCGUCCGUCCUGCACGCUCCGGAAAGUCCUUCAGGUUCCCGACCCUCGACACCUAAAAGCGACUCCGAGUUGGUCAGCAAGUCGGCGGACAGGACGGCGCAGAAGAGCAACCUGGAGAUGCUGUGGCUCUGGGGGGAGCUGCCCCAGGCCGCCAAAUCGCCCACACACAAGAUGAAAGACUCCAGCCCGCGGAGCAGCAGGAAGUUCUCGGAGAAGAUGCACUUCCAGGCCAUCCACAGCGAGCCUCCCGAAGCGUUCAGCGAGCCCGCGCCGACGCCGGCCCAGGCGCCUCCUGAACAGCCGCCUCCGGAGCAGCCGCCUCCGGCCGAGAUGCAGCUCGUGAAUGAGGAGGACGUGGAGGCCUUGGGAGCCGCAGCCCCGCCCCUGCCUGCCCCCGAGGAGCCCCAAGCCCUCUCCGCCAUGGCAGCGGCGGCCAGCAAGACGGACUCGCCGUCUAGGAAGAAAGACAAACGAAGCCGGCACCUCGGGGCCGACGGUGUCUACCUGGACGACCUCACAGACAUGGAUCCCGAAGUGGCCGCCCUGUACUUCCCCAAAAACGGGGACCCUGCUGGGCUCCCCAAACAUGCCGACAGCGGAGCCCGGUCAGCCAACCAGUCCCCGCAGUCCGUGGGCAGCUCUGGCGCCGACAGUGGUGUGGAGAGCACCUCCGACGGCCUGAGGGACCUGCCGUCCAUCGCCAUCUCCCUCUGCGGCGGCCUCAGCGACAACAGGGAGAUCACCAAAGACGCGUUUUUGGAACAAGCCGUGUCGUAUCAACAGUUUGUGGACAACCCCGCCCUCAUCGACGACCCCAACCUCGUGGUGAAGAUCGGGAACAAGUAUUAUAACUGGACCACGGCAGCCCCUCUGCUCCUGGCGAUGCAGGCUUUCCAGAAACCGCUGCCAAAGGCCACGGUGGAGGCCAUCAUGAGGGAUAAGAUGCCCAGGAAGGGAGGAAGAUGGUGGUUCUCGUGGAGGGGAAGGAACACCACGAUCAAGGAGGAAAGUAAGCCGGAGCAGGGCCUGGCUGGCGAGAGCCACAGCACCGGGGAGCAGCCGCCGCCGCUCAGCAUGGCCACCAGAAUGAAGCAGGAGUCGUCCUCCAGCGACGAGGAGCACGCAGCCGCCAGGCCGUCCAGCGCCCCCCUGAUCCCCCUCCUGUCCAACGUCGGCUACAAGAAGACCCUGCGGCUCACGUCGGAGCAGCUGAAAAGCCUGAAGCUGAAGAACGGCCCCAACGACGUGGUGUUCAGCGUGACCACGCAGUACCAGGGCACCUGCCGCUGCGAGGGCACCAUCUACCUGUGGAACUGGGACGACAAGGUCGUCAUCUCCGACAUCGACGGGACCAUCACCAGGUCAGACACUCUGGGCCACAUUUUGCCCACCUUGGGGAAGGACUGGACCCACCAGGGCAUCGCGAAGCUGUACCACAAAGUGAGCCAGAACGGGUACAAGUUCCUGUACUGCUCUGCGCGGGCCAUCGGCAUGGCGGACAUGACGCGGGGCUACCUGCACUGGGUCAACGAGAGGGGCACGGUGCUGCCCCAGGGGCCCCUGCUGCUGAGCCCCAGCAGCCUCUUCUCCGCGCUGCACAGAGAGGUGAUCGAAAAGAAGCCAGAGAAGUUCAAAGUCCAGUGUUUGACCGACAUCAGAAACCUGUUUUUCCCCAACACAGAGCCGUUCUACGCUGCCUUUGGAAAUCGGCCGGCGGACGUGUAUUCGUACAAGCAAGUAGGAGUGUCUUUGAACCGCAUAUUCACCGUCAACCCCAAAGGCGAGCUGGUGCAGGAGCACGCCAAGACCAACAUCUCCUCGUACGUGAGGCUCUGUGAGGUGGUUGACCACGUCUUCCCGCUGCUGAAGAGGAGCCAUUCCUCGGACUUCCCCUGCUCGGACACGUUCAGCAACUUCACCUUCUGGAGAGAGCCGCUGCCCCCGUUCGAGAACCAGGACGUCCACUCUGCCUCGGCCUGAGGCCCGCAGCCGCCCGCGUCCGCCAAGCCCGGCGCCCAUUAAAGGCCGGGUUGUGGGAGCCCAGGAGGGA